AGAGAUACGAGUGUGGUACUUGUAGUGUAGCCGACCCAGGGACUCGCCAAACAAAAACAAGAGAAGCGCCGCUCCUGGCCAUUUUCUGCUAAGAAUCCUUAUUAUUUUGAAAUUUACGCAUUUCCCCGAAACAGUGCAAUAUGAACCCGCUGACAAAUGUGAAGAACAUCCAGAAGCUGAAUCAACGGGAACUGGAACUUGGAGUGAGCGUGAAGAACUCGUGGCAUCAACAAUAUCGUGACAGCGCCUGGGUUUUUCUUGGUGGACUCAACUAUGACCUCACUGAGGGUGACAUUGUUUGUGUCUUUUCUCAGUAUGGGGAGAUUGUCAACAUUAACUUGGUGCGAGACAAAAAAACAGGAAAGAGCAAAGGUUUUGCCUUUUUGUGUUACGAAGAUCAACGCUCUACCAUUCUUGCUGUGGAUAACCUGAAUGGCAUUAAGCUGGCAAGUCGCACUAUUCGAGUUGACCACGUUGAAGAAUACAAGGUGCCCAAAAUGACUGAGGACAUGAUGCCAGAGCAGCAGAAAUUGGCCAUGGAGGGAUGUGCUCCACAACCUGUCGCAGUGACACCCGAAGACCACGACGGGGACUUGCAAGUCAAGGAAGAAAAAUCUAUUAAAAAAGAAAAAGUAGAAAAGGUGAAAGUGAAGAAAGAAAAGAAGAAAAAGAAGAAGAAAAGAAAGAUAUCAUCCUCGUCAGGGAGCUUAUCAUCGUCUGACGACUCUGACGAUGAAAAUGAAAAGAAGAAGAAGAAGAAGAAAAAGAAGAAGAAGAAGAAGAAGAAAAGGAAGAAGGUAAAGGAAGACACUGAUUCUUUGAGCAGUAGUGAAGACUCUAACCGGGAGGAAGAGCGGAGGUCGGGAAGAAGCAAGGAAAAGGCCGAUGACGAGUCGGGAAUCAAGGAAGAAAAGCACGAUCCUGGAUAUGAUAAAUAUGAACAUGGUGGAAUUCAGGAUGAGGAGUAUAGAUUUAAGAGUAGGGAAGGAGACAAAGGAACAGACAGAUACAGAGAGUUUCAGAGAGACAGAGGGCAGGAAAGAUACCGAGAACAAGAGAGACACAGAGACCCAGAUAGGUACAGAGAACAUGAAAGGUACCGUGAGACAUUCAUCAGGGAUAGCAGAGAGAGAGAGAGACGGCAUGACCGGUACAAAGAUAACACAAAGAGAGAUAGUGAGAGUUAUGGAUCAAGUUACAGGGAUGACCGUGACAGGGUCAGAGAGCACAGUCAUUGGACUGGUGGCUCAGAUGGGCGGUAUAGAGGUCGAGGCAGAGGUCGGUACUUCGACGGAGAUAGAGGCCGUGGGAGAUUCUACAAUGCCAACUAUAAUAGGCGAGGCAACUUUGGCCGAGGCAGAGGUGGGUUCAGGUUUAGGGGAAGAAGGUAGGAGAAUGAAUCAUGUAUGUGCAUGUAAUGAAUAUGAAUACAGUAUGUAUAUGUAUGUAUGUAUAUAUGUGUGUGUGUAUAUAUAU